AUGGAAGAGGAACUUCUAAGAACUUACGAAUUGAAAACAUUGAACCCGGUGUCAUGGGAAGAAGACACGGAAGAGAAUCUUUCAAAUCCAAUAAUAAGUAAAGGUGUUAGUGAUGAAGAAACUUAUGCUGCUUUCUUAAAUGUUGUGAAUCAAGAUCCAGAUGAGAGAAUUGUACAAAACUCAGUUGAUCCAUUGAACCCACAGAUGAAUAUUCAACAAUCUGCGCGUCAAAGAAACAUAGGUGUUGAUGAUUUAUCUAAAUUCUCAAUCAAUAGUAAACAAUUCAAUUCAAAACAAUUUUUGAAAUUCAUUCAUAGCGAUGAUUCAUUUAGUCAAUUAUCAGAAAGUUUGAAUAUUUUGGAAAGUUCAAUCUCUGAGAAAAAUCUUGAAUUAAGAACUCUUGUUGAAAGUGAAUUUUUAAGAUUUGUUAGAUCUAAAUCUUCAUUAGAUGGAAUUUUAUCACAAUUUCAAAAAACUGGGUUUAAUGAUGAAGAAAGUGGAUUAAAAAAUCUUAGAGGAAGUGUUAAUGAAGCUAAUAAAGAGGCUACGCUGCUUAUAAUGCCAAUCUUACAAAAAAAGCAAAAGGAAAUGAAAUUGAAACAAGCUUUAGAAUUUGUUGAAAAGAAAAAGUUUUUUUUCAAUCUUCCAAAUGCAAUUAAAAGAUAUGUUAAUGAAGAUGAUUAUGACAAUUUGAUUCAUGAUUAUAAAAAUGCAAAACAACAGAAAGCUGAUGAUAAUAAUAAAAUCAUUAAUAGAAUUUGGGAAGAAGUUGAUACUAUAAUAGAUGUUUACAAGAAAAAUCUUUGGAAAUCUUUAGCAAGUGAUGAUAACGAUGAAGAUUUCUUAAAAAAUAUUAAAAAAUUGAUUGAAAUUGAUGUCAUAGAUAAUCCAGUAUUAGAAUGGAUCGAUUUAAAAUUAAACAAAUUCAUAUCAACAUUCAAUGAAACAUUUAAUAAGUACCAUGAAAAGAUCUUGAAUGCUCAAUUAAACAUUCUUUCAACUUGUGAAGAAUUGGAUUUCACAAACUUCAAGGUUGCACUGGGUAGUAAAAACCCUCUAGUUGAUUCAGCUAUCAUCAUUGAAAUGUGGUUAAUAACUGUCAAGUUGACCGAAAGAAUAUUAGAAAUUUCAAAUGAGUUUACAAGAUUUUGGAAUCAUGUUGAAAAAUUCUUUACGGGUGAAUAUCAACAAAAAUUUGAUUCAAAGUACAUUGAUCCUAAUAGCCCGUUUUUAAGAUUUGAAAAAUAUGAAAUAGAUGAUGUCAAGAAGAAAGGGGAAGAAUUCAUAGAUUUGUUAGUCAACAGAAUUAUUAGAUUUUUCAGUUCAUCUCAAGAAUCAUUGAAAACACUUCAUCAUGCAAAAUCACAAGGUACUGAUGGAACACCAGAUCAUUUCGGAUUUCUACCACCACAUACAAAUUCGUUAAGUUCAUUGAAAUAUUUACCAACAAUUUAUAAAUUUACAUCAGAAGUUUUAAAUGGAUUGGGACAACUAUCAAUAACUGACAAGAGCACACAAUCAUUAAGGGAUACUUCUGUGUUAGUACUUGAACGUUCUGUUGGUGGUGUUUGCUCAAGUUGGUUAAAUGAUUGUCGUUUAUUCCAUAAUUUGGAGGAUUGGGAAGCUUCAGAAAGUGGUGAAACAUAUAUUAUUAGUUUGAUUUAUGACUUUGAAGUCUAUAUCAUUGAAGGUUUACAAAAACUAUUAUUCAAAAAAAUACCAGAUGCACAAAAUAUUCAAAUUGUUAAAUAUCCAUCAAAGAAAGUAUUAACAGGUGUUCAAAUCCAAUUUCUUCGCUCUUUUGAUGUGUUAUUGGAAAGUAUCAUCAAAAAAAUCAUAGAAGAGAAUCAAGACACAACCAUUUCAAAAGAAUUGAAGAGUCACCAUAAACUUUUGACUUUGGCCAAUAUCAAAACAUUGAAGAAUAAAACUAUACCAAAUAUUUUGGAGAAAUAUGAUUCGAUAUUUGAAGCUAAUUUACACAGUCAAAAUUUGGAAAUUUAUUCAAUUUUAAACAAAAUGGAAGACACCAUUUUUGAAUCAUUCAUCAAUGAACAAAGGAAGCACAUCUCAACAACAUUGCUACAGGGAGUUUCAUCAACUCAAUGGACCUCCAUCAGCUCGCCACCUACCAAGGUCUCAAGCUUUAUAUAUGAAAGUAUUCAUUCAUUGGUCACAGUAUAUAAAAGUGUUUCAAGAGUUUCUAAAGAGCUCCUUGAUCAGGUUAUUGAAAACUUAUUAGAAUACACCACUUCUAAUUUGUUGAAAAAUUUGAAAGAAGUUGGUGACUUUUCAGCUGAAGGAUUAAGACAAGUUGCAUUAGAUGUUGAAUUUUUACGUGGCUUGUUUGGUAAAUCAGCUAAAGAUUCUACUACAAAUAAUUUGAAUUUGGUUUACAGAAACAUAUUUGGUGCAAGAUAUGAUCCAAAAUCCAUACUUGAUUCAAUUACACCGCUAUUAAAGGAAUCGUUGGGUGGCUCACGUCUAGAGUAUGAUAUCUUUAACAAAAAAUAG